AAAGUUCUAAAUUACCAGCAAAAAUAACGAUUAAUUCCUUGGUAGAUUUAAUCGAUCAAACGAUAGAAGAUUCAUGUAAUGCAAAUAAUUCAAGAGCUUUUAAAAUAAAUUAUUAUUGGAUAUCCGAUUUUUCAAAAGUAUUAAUUGUUCCAUAUGAUAUAAAAUUGAAAGAAUUUAAAAAAUUUGCUAUUCAACAAUUUGGUGAAAAACAUUUGGUGGCAGAUGAUUGUGUGAUUUUAGCUCAUACUCAAAAUUUCGAUCUUAUUAAAGAUGUUGUUAGAAUUAAAGGUGCUACUGAAUCAAGAAAUGCUAUACACUUUGUAGGUUUGAUCGUUAUGAACAAAAUAAAAAUCGUUUCUUCGGAGAUCGCUUGGAAAAAUUGUUUGGCUAUGAAUUGUAGUGUUGUUGAG